GUCCAUUAAAGUCAGGGGUGAGAGUUGAUGUUGUUGGCGGCUUCACUUCCGGUGGAAGAUGGCUGAAGCUGAGCAGCAGGCGGGCUCAUCACCUGAAGAUGAAAUUCCAGUCCCUCAAAGUUUUGCUGUACCCAAGAAGGAAAUCAACAUGGUGCCUGAUAUGGGAAAGUGGAAACGCUCUCAGGCUUAUGCAGAUUACAUAGGAUUCAUUCUGACUCUGAAUGAAGGUGUGAAAGGCAAAAAACUGACAUGUGAAUAUAAGGUGUCUGAGAACAUUAAGAAACUUGUGGCUGUUCUUGACAAGCUGGACCUGUGGAUAGACGAGACUCCACCUGUGGACCAGCCAUCAAGAUUUGGAAAUAAAGCCUUCCGAAUAUGGUAUGCAAAACUUGAUCAGGAAGCAGAGAAUCUAGUGAGUCCAAUCAUCCCAGAUGAGCUCAAAGCAGCGAUCCCUGAGGUGUCUGUGUACCUGAAGGAGGCAGUAGGAAACUCUACAAGAAUAGACUACGGGACAGGUCAUGAAGCUGCCUUUGCAGCUUUCUUAUGUUGCCUCUGCAAAAUUGGUGUGCUAAGAGUGGAUGACCAGCUCAGCAUUGUUUUCAAAGUGUUCGACAGGUAUCUCCAGGUGAUGCGCAAGUUACAAAAAACUUACCGCAUGGAGCCAGCUGGAAGCCAGGGAGUGUGGGGCCUCGACGACUUUCAGUUCCUGCCUUUCAUCUGGGGCAGCUCCCAGCUCGUAGACCACCCAACGCUGGAGCCAAGACACUUUGUUGAUGAGAAGAGUGUAAAUGAGAACCACAGCGAUUACAUGUUUCUAGAGUGCAUCAAGUUCAUUAAUGAGAUGAAAACGGGUCCAUUUGCAGAGCACUCCAACCAACUGUGGAACAUCAGUGCAGUCCCAACCUGGUCCAAAGUCAAUCAAGGACUCGUCCGAAUGUACAAAGCUGAGUGUCUUGAAAAGUUCCCAGUUAUCCAGCACUUCAAGUUUGGCAGUCUUCUUUCCAUUCAGCCAGUCAAGCCCUGAGAAGCACCACCUUGAAUUGAAAGACAUGGGGGCAAAAAAUUGUCGCAACAGCACCUGACCCGUUUGGAGAAAAUGUUUUUUCACAUCAAAUCCCCGGCAUUUUCAGUAAGAGCCGUUCGGUGGGAUCAAGUCGUUAUUCUUCUGGACGCGCAAUGUCCGUGACUCCCCUGUUUCUGCACACACACACACACACACUCUCUCUCCAUUGCGUGAAGCCACCACUCAUCCUAGAAACAGGUUACUUGGCUCCGAGGGAUAUAUUUUUUUUGCUCUGUAAACCAUGGCAGACAUAUGUAGGUUAUAACUACUGGUUGUUUGAAUCGUGGUGUCCUCCACCCUGCGGACUAAAACCACAAGUGCAGCCAAACGUGUUUAGAAAAAUGACAACCAGUGUGAGGGAUGGGGGGACACUUCAGCUGCUGGUUUUCAUUUCUAGAGGAAUAGUCCCUUGCCAUUAAAUCACUAGUACUGUAACCUUUACUGUAGUCUGCUGUAAAUAUUGUAGAACAUAGUAAUAAGAAAUGGCUUUUCCAGAGAUUCUCAUUUGUUUGUAAUUGCACACCCAGUUGGAUCGUGUGAGCAGUUACAAAUCCAUCCCGACCUCGUAUAACCGACAUUAUCAAAUCCAGUAGGCUAAAUCCCAGCUUACGUAGCCCCCCUCUAGAUGGGCACCCAGAUAUUCUGUGAAGCUGAGUUUGUCAGCUUUAAAUAGAAGUUUGCAAAGCACUGUCUCUGACGUUACAAACAGUUGUAUUAUCCUGAGCAUGAGCGGAGGCUCGUUUCACCGAACUUUCACCGUUAUUACCCCUUCGCCGAACUGUAGAUCCGCACUUUUUUCAUUUGCUCCCAGACAGGCAGUCUACUGAUGGACUCCGUUCCCACAAGGCAAUCAGACGUGUGUGUCUAAUUACAAUCCAGAAGCGCAACAGAAAAUGAUGUUUGAAAAUGUCAAUAAAGAUGCCAACUACGCAGGCUGAAGGCAAGUGUUGCUUCUCGUCUGUUUUAUUAUUCACUUAUUCAUUUCAUACCCCAAAUUUUCACCCUCAUUCACCCAUUUUCCACAUUUAUAAUAAUUAAUGCAUAUGACCCCUGGACAAACAAGCAGGCAUAUGACCAGGGAAUCUUUUCUCCCCUCCCAGAACCUAAUGUAUGACGUUGGUCAGGCCCACCCUUUCACCCAUUGCGAUGAUAUGACGAGGCUGUAAGAAAAUGGUCAGAAAUUUGACUCGACUUAUGUCACCAGCUACAGUAGAUUAAGAUGUCGGUUGUUUUCAGCUCUUUUCCUGUCUUACUAGAGUGGAUUGAGACUCUAAAAACCACCAAACCGGUGCUUCUUCUCUGUAUGUGAGCCGGGGACCUGUGCAUGUCAUAUAUCAAGUGUCUUUUUGUAUUUAUUUAAUUUAAUUAGUGACAAACCAAGCAUGUUUCAGUGCUUUGUAUUCACAACUCAUUAAAUUUGGUUUUAAGCAGAAGGAGACGGAGUCUCUGACUUGUUUAAUCGUACGAGCUCACAGGAGUGGGGUGCCGUUUAUAUUUAUUAAAUUAAGUGGUCGUGUUUUUACACUCUUAGCUCGUGCAUGUGUGUGAUCUCAAUGAGAUGAUGACCCCAGAACAGAAUCUGACCAUCUUGUGAAGCCAAAUCCUAUAUUUUAUAAUUAAUCGGCCCUCCGUUUUCAGAAUCUGCUGGAAGGGAGCAGGAGCAAAUCCAUAAAACGUUUUGACAAUGGCAAUAGUUAGCCCAUCUUGAAUACCAGUCCACCAUUUGCAUAGUAAUAAUCACACCCACACUAUUCACACAUGGCUUGUCUUGGCACUUGGCACAAGCACAGAAAAGACAUGGCGACGUCAUGAAAAAGUUAAAGUGAAGUAGAAGAUGCCCUAAAAUAGCACUGAGUGAUAACUCAAUUUAUCGAUUAAUUUGAAUUUUCUGGUUUGGAUGAUGUGCAAAAUGAAAAUCGUGAUUCACUCUCAACUGGCUAAAUAACACAAAGGGUGUUCGACGUUCACAAAAAUAAUUUUUAUAGCCUAUGCAUAAGUUUUUAUUUUACUUUAGGGCUUGUGUGAAGUCUCACUGGUGCUGGUACCCCACCCGCGUGGUUCUUGCCUCGGGCUCAUUGUUCCAGGAUUGACUUCCACUACCCAUGACUUACUAGGAAAAAGGUGUAUGGAUGGGAUCCGUAAAUGACAGCAUGCCCCCUCGCUGCCCCCCUUCAACGCCAACACGCAGUAGGAAGAUGGCCACUACCCACAACUUACUAG